AUGGAAUCGCCGGGCGAUUUCAAGCAGAGCGGCUCCAAGCGUUACGAUAUCAAUCGGAGGGUCCAGGAGGACGAGGAGGCAAUGCUGCCAGCGAUCGAGGAAGCGCCCGUGUUUCGCGGAGACACCGCGGCCAACCAAGCCAUUGGAGACGAGGCAUAUGUGAUCAAGCUCCAGGAGACUAACAUUCAGAAGUGUGUGGGCACGAUGGCGGACCUCAAGAAGAAGCUCGAGAUGCAGAUCGAGGUGCUGAUUGCCCAGAAGAAGGUGCUGAGUCAGAACCUGGCGCGCAGCCAGCAGGUGAACAACACGACGGCGGAGGGAGCGUUCAUGCUGGCGGAGAACACUCAGACCCUGGCCGACCAGAUCAAGAGCAUCGACGAGACCACGAGCGCGCUCAUCACAGCGCACGGGUCAUUGGCAUGGAAGUACGGCACACCCUUGCAGAUGGCAUCGACAAAGGAGUACAGCAAGCUCCAGCACGACGAGAAGGAGGACUUGCAGGGCCUGGCCAUGACGCAGAAGGUGAAUAGAGCCAUGUUCGAGGCGAAGGGGGCGAACAACGGCACCAUCCCACCGUGGAGGGCGGACGACCCGAGCUCGUGGAUCUUCUACGGGUGGACGCCGCCAAAAGGAGAAAUCCCAGUGUGGAACAAGGACGACCCGAAGACCUGGACGUUCUACGGGUGGAGGGAGCCUAAGAAGUGGGUCGACUACAAAGAGGGUAAGAGCUCCAAGCCAGAGACGCCAGAGGCGGCGGACACCCCCUGCAAGCCGCUCGAUCUGGCCAAACGCUUCUCGGGCGUCGCCUCUGUCUUCCCGUUCCGCGGCCGGUGCAUCAUCGUAGGCACGGAGCGCCUCGACGGCCGCGCAGGCCGCUCGCUGCUGCUGCCGGUGGACAUGGGCCCGCCCCUGGGCAACAAGGUGUUUAUCUGGGGAGAGCCCGUUCUCCGGAGGUACUACACCGUCUACGACCUCGCCAAGAAGCGGGUCGGCUUCACCCUCGCCCAGGAGCCGGAGGAGGGCGCGCAGGGCCUGCCGGCCGUCGGGGCGCCGCCUCCCGGGUCCCUGGUCUCGGGGGCGCCGCUGCCCCCGCGGGCCAAGCAGGCGGCCGAGCAGGCCCCAGCGCACUCCGCCGAGGUGGACGAGGAGGCAGCGAAGGAGGAGGACGACGAGGUCCUCAUCGUGAACAGGGAAGAGGCGAAGGAGGCCCCCGCCGCGGCUGGGGCGGCCGCCGCGCCGCCGGCCGCAGCCCCGGCGGGGCAGACCGCCUCGGCAGAGGCCCCCGCGGAGGCGACGCCAGGCGGCGGCGGCGGGAGCGCCGCCCUGAUGGCCGAGAGGGCCGCAGCGCGUGCGGAGCUGGAGGCGCUGCGCGCCGAGCGCGACCAGGCGAGGGCGGAGGUCGCGCGCCUGCGCGGCGAGGCGGCGGCCCCCGUGCCCCUCGCGCCCGUGAUCGCCGUGUGA